GCCGGAGCCCUGGGGUUGGGCAGGACCCAGUUCCGUGCAACUUUCAAGUGAGUUGCAAACUCCGCCCCGGAGGCCGGUGCCGACUGCCUGCCGCGCUGGGACCGCGGCGACCCGCAAGAGCGUAGACCGAGACCCGGCUCCCCGGCCGGGGACCAGCAGCGGCGCCCAGCAAGGGCCGAACACCGGGUUCUCGGCGGCUGAGCUGGUCCGAGCCGCAACUGCAGCGCCGCGCGGCUGGGCGGAGGAGCGCGCCCGCCGGUGCCCGCUCCCGGCCGCUUCCUCCCUGCCCACCGCCUCCCCCAGCCCGCUGGUCUCCGGGUUCUCCUGAGUCUCCGCACCGCCAGGUCGGAGUCAGUGGGCGGCGGGCCCCACUUUGCCAGGGGACAGCGGGACCGACCCUCGGGUUCCUGCACCACCACUGAGCCCCCGUCCCAGCCCCCGCGUGAGCGCCCUCCAGGGCGUCUUUUGAGGGCCCUCCCCUCGUCCCCAAGGCUGUCAGGAUGGUGUCCUGGAUGAUCUGUCGCCUGGUGGUACUGGUGUUUGGGAUGCUGUAUCCAGCUUAUGCGUCCUACAAGGCCGUGAAGACCAAGAACAUUCGUGAAUAUGUUCGGUGGAUGAUGUACUGGAUCAUCUUUGCAAUCUUCAUGGCAGCCGAGACCUUCACAGACAUCUUUAUCUCCUGGUUCCCUUUCUAUUAUGAGAUCAAGAUGGCCUUUGUUCUGUGGCUGCUUUCGCCCUACACGAAGGGGGCCAGCCUACUUUACCGGAAGUUCGUCCACCCGUCCCUAUCCCGUCAUGAGAAGGAGAUCGACACGUACAUUGUUCAGGCCAAAGAGCGCAGCUACGAGACAGUGCUCAGCCUUGGGAAGCGCAGCCUCAACAUUGCUGCAUCCGCUGCUGUACAGGCUGCCACCAAGAGUCAGGGCGCACUGGCUGGUCGCCUGCGGAGCUUUUCCAUGCAGGACCUGCGCUCCAUCCCCGACACCCCUGCCCCUACCUACCAGGACCCCCUCUACCUGGAAGACCAGGUACCCCGCCGGAGGCCACCCAUUGGGUACCGGGCAGGGGGCCUGCAGGACAGUGACACAGAGGAGGGGGGUUGGUCGGAUACCGAGGUAGUCCCCCAGCCACCAGCGCGGCCCCGUGAGAAGCCCCUGAGCCGAAGCCAGAGCCUGCGUGUGGUCAAGAGGAAGCCGCUGGCCCGGGAGGGCACCUCACGCUCCUUGAAGGUCCGAACGCGGAAAAAGACUGUGCCCUCAGACAUGGACAGCUAGGGUCUGCGGAGUCAGCCCAGUCUUACCUCAGGCCCUGCAGGUGCCGGGCUAGGUGCAGGGCUCCUUUGGCUGCACACUGGCUGGCCUGCACUGGCUACCUGGGUCCCACCCCUCCUGGCUCCUGCGUUUGCCUUAGAGCCAGGGCAGAGGCUGUGCGUCCUGCUGUGGACGCACCCACGGUGCCAGAGCUGGCUGGGCCCAGGGUUCUAUUUAUUGCCUUCCUCCGCCCUCUGCCUUCUCAGGUAUGGGACCAGAGCCCCCC